AUGCUGCGGUUUUUAGUGUCUUUUGUAUUCCCAAAUAAAGACAAGUAUAAGGGGGAGUACAAAAGGACACCUGAGGGUGUGCUUGAGAAGAACGGUCAUGGAGUCCACACUGGCGCCAACAGAACUACCUAUGUCAGCAGCUGGAAAAAUGACAAGAUGAAUGGUACUGGAAGACUAGAACAUCCUUCUGGGGCAGUUUAUGAAGGCAAGUUCAAAACCAACAUGUUUCAUGGGGCUGGAACCUACACAUUUCCAAAUGGAGCAAAGUACCUUAGACCAUUCAAUGAAAACAAGACGGAAGGUGAAGGAGACUUUAUAGAUAAAAAUGGAGUGGCACAUUUCAUGGCUCAGCAGCAGCGGGACUGA